AUGGCAACAAGAGACAAGACUCCAACCUUUUUAAGAUUCAAAGAUGAAUACAAGAAUAGCAGACCAAGAAACUUUAAUGAAAGAGAUAGAACAAACCAACCAUUGAUGCAUGGAGAUGCCAUUCAAUUACAACCAAUAGGAGUUGCUCCACAAUGGAUCAGAAUACACGAUAUAGAAGCAAAUAUAAGUAGAAUUAAAGUAAAGAUGGAAGAGCUAUCUAAAUUCCAUCAACAAAGUAUAACCAAUUUCGAUGCAGAUGGAGAUGAUUCCAAAAUUGAUAUUCUAACAGAUGGUAUUGCUAGUGUAUUUAAACAAACACAUCGUAUGAUUAAAGAAUUAGGAAACAAUAGAGACUUGACUGCAGAGGAAGUAAAGGUAAAAAAGAAUAUUCAAUCUGCAAUGUCCUCCAAAUUACAAGAAUUAUCACAAACAUUUAGAAAGAAACAAAGAAACUAUUUGAAUUUAUUACAAAAGAACGCAACUACUUAUAAUUGGUUGAAAAAUGGACAACAACAAGAAGAGAUAUCUGAUGAAGAGGAAGAAUUUAGACAGAUUGGAUUUACAAAGGAACAAAUCGAUUUGGUUGACGAAAUGGAAGAGCAAGUCAUGUCAAGAGACAGAGAGAUUAAAAAGAUUGUCAAAUCAAUCAAUGACCUCUCGACACUCUUACAGGACAUUAGUAUUCUUGUCAUCCAACAAGGAACCAUUUUCGAUCAAAUUGAAUAUAAUUUAGAGCAAACAGAAACUAGUUUGGUUGGUGCCAACAAGGAAUUGGUCGAAACUGACAAUUUACACAAAUCUUAUCGAUCUCGUCUAUUUAUUACAAUGGUCUUUGUUGCAAUUAUUAAAGCAUUUAUUUAA